AUGAGAUCUGAGGCCACGGCAGCAGUGGAGUACAAGGGCAAAAUCAUCACGCACGACCCAUUUGCCAUGCGCCCCUUCUUCGGCUACAACUUCGGCCAGUACCUGGCACACUGGCUCAGCAUGGCCCAGCGCCCUGCAGCCAAGCUGCCCAAGAUCUUCCAUGUCAACUGGUUCCAAGAGGACAAGGCCGGCAGGUUCCUCUGGGCCGGCUUCGGCGAGAACUCCCGGGUGCUGGAGUGGAUGUUCAACCGCGUGGACGGGGAAGGCGGCCCCCAGCUCACGCCCAUCGGCUACAUCCCUCAUGAGGGUGCCCUGGACCUGCGUGGCCUGGGGGUUGUUGACGUGAAGGAGCUCUUCCACAUGUCCAAGGAGUUCUGGGAGGAGGAGGUGGAAGAAAUACAGAAGUACCUGGAGGAACAGGUGAAUGCCGAUCUCCCCCCCGAGAUCAAGAAUGAGGUCCUGGCCCUGAAGCAGAGAAUCAGCCAGAUGUAA